UGGAUGAAACACACUUUCAGAUAUGACUUCAUAAAACAGAGAUACCAGGUCAAAUACUGGAAAAAGAACCAGUAUGAGAAGACUCUCCAGCAGUUAAACAUCAGCAAUGAUGAGCCUCCCUUCAUCUUCACCCUUCAGAUGCUGGCAUCAUCUACAGAAUAUAGGGGGAAAAUGCGUGCAAGGGUGAAUACGCCUCAGGAGUAUGAGGGGCCUUGGAGCGAAUGGAGUGAGGAGUUUGCCUGGAAGACUGAGAAUGUUCUGUCACCAGUGGUUCUCCCAGUGAUGAUCCCAGCUCUCAUCAUCACUUUGCUAAUAGUUGCUUAUUGCAGCUACAGGUAUUUCCUCAGGAAGAAGCAAAUGUGGGAGGAAAAGAUUCCAAACCCCAGCAAGAGUCUCCUGAUCCAGAGCUACCUGGGGAAAGCACCUCUAGAAAACUGGCCAACAAACAGCCAGCUAGACUUCAACAAAUACAAACUUUCAGACAAGAUGGAGAGGGCUAGCUUCCUUCAAGUUGUGGACAGGCAGACAAAGACUUUGACAGAGUCUCCUGAAGGGCAGGCUGAAAAGACAGAUGUUUCCCCUGUUGCACUGGACCUACAGAACUCAUACCAUGCUUUAAAUGAGCCAGAGCAAGCCCCGGUUUUGUGUUCAAGUCAAAUUUCCAGUCAUUCCUUCCCUGUUUCAAGAAGAAGCAGUACUGCUGCAAGUACCGCUUCCCAGAUUUGCUUUGCUUUCAAUGGUCCGUACUUGUACAGCUCCAUGAUGUCCUCCCAGCCUGAUACGCAUCAGACUCUGGAAGUGGACUCAGUGGGAGUCCGGGAGAAAUCAGUUUCCCUUCAGUAUGUGACCCUCCCAAAGGAAGACUGUCUCCUGGCUCCACAGAGGCAAGAACAGCCAGGAGCAGGUCCUCCACAGCCCUUUCUGCUCCCAGAAAAGAAGGAAACAGUACAGCAACUCGACAAUAAGAAAGAAGUCUCGCCAGCCCCACCAGCCUGUGGGAAAGGCACAGAUGUGAGGACAGAAGAGCAGAAGUCUCCAAAGGUUCUGAGCUGUACCAUGCCUCUUCAGCACUGCUCCUUGGAGUACAUCGCAACAGAGAGCCUGUUACUGCCAUCAGCCAGCGACUCCACCCGUACGCCACUUACUGCUGUUGGGGAGUUACCUGGUGACUCACAGGAGUCCCAGCCCCACAGUGACCACUCUUGCCAUGAGUUUUCUCCUGAGAAAACUGGUGUCAUGGUCCCAAUUUCAGGUCAAGCACCAACCUCUUCUGAAUUGCACCUGGAUACAUUUGGAGACUAUCUUACUGUCCCUUUAGGUCUCCAUGGACAUUCAGAACCCACAAAGAUUUCUUUGCCUGUCUUACAGAAGGGAAAUGAUCUUCCUAGAAAGCAGCCUUUUUCAGAGGGUAACUUGGUGGUGCUAAACCCUGACAGCACUGAGCCAGUUUUCCUUUGCCAGGUUGGUGACUAUUGCUUCCACAGCCUAAAAUCAAGUGUGAAGAUGGAUAUUAGUCAGGAAGAUGACCAAGGCAAUAAGCCUUCUGAAGGCAAGACAUCAUCUGGGAAGCCUAUAUCUGAUGAUGAAUCCAUCACUGGCAAGGAGAAGGAUGUAUCAAAAAUGCAGGCUAUUCAGCUUUUCAAAAACCUGAAAUCUGAUGAUUACUUUUCCUGGCAGCAAUCUUUGAGGAUCACAGAAAUCUGUUAA